GGGGCGGGGUUCCCGGGCCGCGGGCGAGGCUCGGGGUUGUCCGCGACCGCCUCCCGGGGCGCGCUGGACCCUGCGACGCCGCGGUCGCGCACGUCCCGACUCCCCUCCCCAGGCCCGCGGGGACGCUCGGCUCCGAGAGUUAAACCAGAGAAUUCACCAUCGCCUCCAUGGCCGCCUCGCACACUUCACCAACUGUUGCAUCUCAUGUUCCUUUUGCAGACUUGUGUUCAACGUUAGAACGAAUACAGAGAAGUAAAGGACGAGCAGAAAAAAUCAGACACUUCAGGGAAUUUUUAGAUUCUUGGAGAAGAUUUCACAGUGCCCUUCAUAAGAACCAAAAAGAUGUCAAAGACUCUUUUUACCCAGCAAUGAGACUUAUUCUUCCUCAGCUGGAAAGAGAGAGAAUGGCGUAUGGAAUCAAAGAAACCAUGCUUGCUAAACUGUAUAUCGAAUUGCUUAAUUUGCCUAAAGGAGGAAAAGAUGCCCUUAAACUUUUAAAUUACAGAACGCCCACCGGAACUCGUGGAGAUGCUGGUGACUUUGCAACAAUUGCAUAUUUUGUGUUGAAACCAAGAUGUUUGCAGAAAGGAAGUUUAACCAUACAGCAGGUAAAUGACAUUUUAGACUCAAUUGCCAGCAAUAAUUCUGCCAGAAGAAAGGACCUAAUUAAGAAGAGUCUUCUUCAGCUCAUAAGUCAGAGUUCAGCACUGGAACAGAAGUGGCUUAUACGGAUGAUUGUAAAGGACUUAAAACUCGGUUUCAGCGAACAGUCUGUAUUUUCUGUUUUCCAUAAUGAUGCUGCCGAGUUGCAUAACGUCACCACAGAUCUGGAAAAGGUCUGUAGGCAGCUGCAUGACCCUUCCAUAGGACUCAGUGACAUCUCCAUCACUUUAUUCUCAGCCUUUAAACCGAUGCUGGCUGCUAUAGCAGACAUUGAGCGAAUCGAGAAGGACAUGCAACACCAGAGCUUCUACAUUGAAACCAAGCUCGAUGGGGAGCGCAUGCAGAUGCACAAGCAGGGUGCGGAGUACCAGUACUUCUCCCGAAACGGAUUCAACUACACGGAUCAGUUCGGCAGAUCUCCACAGGAAGGUUCUCUCACACCGUUCAUUCACAGUGCGUUCAAAACAGACAUACAGAUCUGUAUCCUGGAUGGCGAGAUGAUGGCCUUCAACCCCAACACACAGACUUUCAUGCAAAAGGGGACAAAGUUUGAUAUCAAAAGAAUGGUGGAGGAUUCUGAUCUGCAGACUUGUUUCUGUGUGUUUGAUGUACUGAUGGUUAAUAAUAAAAAGCUGGGACGUGAGACCCUGAGAAAAAGGUAUGAGAUUCUUACCAGUGUUUUUACCCCAGUACCCGGUAGGAUAGAAAUAGUGCAGAAGACACAAGCUCAUACUCAGAAAGAAGUGAUCGAUGCUUUGAAUGAAGCAAUAGAUAAACGGGAAGAGGGGAUCAUGAUAAAACACCCUCUGUCGAUUUACAAGCCGGACAAAAAGGGCGAAGGAUGGCUGAAGAUUAAACCAGAGUACGUGGACGGGCUGGUGGAUGAGCUGGACAUCUUAAUCGUCGGGGGCUACUGGGGGAAGGGUUCCCGAGGGGGCAUGAUGUCUCAUUUCUUAUGUGCCGUAGCAGAGACGCCGCCUCCUGGUGAAAAACCAUCGGUGUUUCAUACUCUGUGCCGUGUUGGUUCAGGUUACACCAUGAAAGAACUGUAUGAUCUGGGUUUGAAGUUGGCCAAACACUGGAAGCCUUUCCAUAGGAAAGCUCCACCGAGCAGCAUUUUAUGUGGAACGGAGAAGCCAGAGGUGUACAUUGAGCCCUGUCAUUCUGUCAUUGUUCAGGUUAAGGCCACAGAGAUCGUCCCCAGCGAUAUGUAUAAGACUGGCUGCACACUCCGUUUUCCACGAAUUGAGAGGAUCAGAGAAGACAAAGAGUGGCAUGAGUGCGCCACCCGCGACGGGCUGGAGCAGCUUCGCGGGAAGGCCUCGGGAAAGCUGGCUUCCAAACACCUGUACGUCGGCGAUGGCGAUGAGCCACAAGAAAAGAAGCGGAAGGCUGCCCCGAAGAUGAGGAAAGUUAUCGGAAUUAUUGAGCACUUAAAAGCUCCCAACCUUUCUAAUGUAAACAAAGUGUCUAAUAUAUUUGAAGAUGUGGAGUUCUGUGUCAUGAACGGCACGGAUGGCCAUCCGAAGCCCGAUCUGGAGAACAGAAUUGCCGAAUUUGGUGGUUACAUAGUACAGAAUCCAGGCCCAGACACGUACUGCGUCAUUGCAGGGUCCGAGAACAUCAGAGUGAAAAACAUAAUUUCUUCGGACAAACAUGAUGUCGUCAAGCCCGAGUGGCUGUUGGAGUGUUUUAAGACCAAAAGCUGUGUGCCGUGGCAGCCUCGCUUUAUGAUUCACAUGUGCCCGUCGACAAAGGAGCAUUUUGCCCGUGAAUACGAUUGUUAUGGUGACAGUUAUUUCGUUGAUACGGAUUUGAACCGACUGAAGGAAGUGUUCUCAGGAAUUAAAAAUCCCAGCGCACAAGCUCCUGGAGAAAUGGCUUCUGUGAUUGCUGAUUUAGAGCACCGGUAUUCCUGGGACGGCUGCCCUCUCAGUAUGUUUCGGCACUGCGUUAUUUACGUGGACAUGUAUGCUGUUGUUAAUGACUUGAGUACCAGCAUCGAGGGAACAAGAUUAGCCGUUACAGCUUUGGAGCUUCGGUUUCAUGGAGCCAAAGUGGUUUCUCAUUUAGCUCAGGGAGUGUCUCAUGUCAUCGUUGGGGAGGAUCAGAGUCGUGUGGCAGAUUUAAAAGCUUUUCGAAGAACUCUUAAGAGAAAGUUUAAAAUCCUGCAACAAGAUUGGGUCACUGAUUCAAUAGACAAGUGUGAGUUGCAGGAGGAAAAUCGGUACUUGGUUUAAAGCUAGCUUUUCUGUGGAGGAAAGCCUAUGGUCCGGUGGCCUCAUUGUGAUGAGUCCUGAUAAAAAAUGAAACUAUAUUUUAUUUUUAAUCCCUUAAAAUUUAUACUUAAACAGCAUUAUGAGAUACAGAAAAACAAUUUAAAUGUAUGAGAUAGAUAAGACACUAAAUGGACCAAAGCCAAGAAAUAAAAAAUUCUUUUAGCCGUGUGGUAUUUAGUGACUUUUAAAACCAAGAUGAAAUAAACAGUUAAAUAAGAGACAUUUAUAUAAUAUCCCUACAGAAAUUGAGAAUUUUGACUCAAAUAUUACAUUCAUGAGCUUUUAGAGUCAUUAAAAGUAUUGAUCUAAGUGGAUUUUCCAAGAUCAAAAUUUUAAUAGUUUUUAUCUAAUUACAGCAUUACAAGAAAGAAGCAGAAUUGCUAUAAUCGGACUUACAAAAAAUAUUUCUUUUAAAUUGAAGGCUAACAUUCUUUCAAGUGUGAAAUGUAAACAAAUUUAUUUUUUAAGGUUAAGGGCAAGCUCACAAAUGAAACCUUGUUAAUGAUGUCAUUAGGUAAAUUAGGAGAAAUAACUUAAAAUUAGAUGAAUCUAAUUAAAAGAAACUUGAAGUUUUAAAGUACUUGGCCCACUUUUUUUUUUUUUCCCUGCAACAGAGUAUGUUUUAAA